AAUGUACAUAUACUUAUAGAACUAUCUGUACGAUUUUCAGGCGUCUUAGCAUGUUUAGAUGGAUAUAUGAACAUUGCUUUGGAACAGACAGAAGAGUACGUCAACGGACAGCUCAAAAAAAAGUUACGGAGAUGCUUUAUCCGAGGAAAUAAUGUUCUGUAUAUAAGCACGCAGAAGAGACGAAUGUGAGAUCCCAUAAUUUUAUUUUUUUUGUAUGGAGAGUCCAUUUAUCCUAUUUUGCAAGACAAACCUUUAUGUAGUUUUCCUUUAGGAUGACUUAAAAUAUGGAAGAAACAAUUUUUUAUUUAGAAAAAAUUAUCGCUUUAUAAAAGAUUUGUGUUUUUUAAUGCUGUUCAUUACACUGUAAAAUAAAAUAAAAAUUAAGGGACUUUUUUUGU